AUAAAACCCUAAUGGUACCAUUACAACCAGCAGACACAGGGAGGAAGAAAGAGCGAGAGCAAAGAUGCAGAUUUUCGUGAAAACCCUAACCGGGAAGACCAUAACUCUCGAAGUAGAGAGCAGCGACACCAUUGACAAUGUCAAGGCCAAGAUCCAGGACAAGGAAGGAAUUCCACCGGACCAGCAGCGAUUGAUCUUCGCCGGAAAGCAGCUUGAAGAUGGCCGAACUUUGGCGGAUUACAAUAUCCAGAAAGAAUCAACCCUCCAUCUUGUGUUGAGGCUUAGGGGAGGUAUUAUUGAGCCUUCUCUUAUGGCUUUGGCUCGCAAAUAUAAUCAGGACAAGAUGAUUUGCCGCAAGUGUUAUGCUCGUCUGCAUCCUAGGGCUGUGAACUGCCGGAAGAAGAAAUGUGGGCAUAGCAAUCAGUUGAGGCCAAAGAAGAAGAUCAAGUAAACUGUUAUGAAGCAUGCAUUAGCUUUGGAAGAUUUGAUUGUUAGAUGCCUACCUUCUUUAUUUUGGAUUUGGAUUUAGAUUUAUUAAGCCAGUAUGGAGUUGGAUUUUAUUGUAUGUUGAACUGAGCAGGGUAUUUGUUUGUUUUUCAAUCAAUCAAGCGCAAUACAUUUUAUAUUUUGCAAUAGAUAAUAAUCUGUUUCGAUGUGUGGAAAA